AUGACAGCCGUCGUCCAUCGAGUCGCUUCCGCCAGCGUCGAGGUGGAGGGCCGCACCAUCUCGUCCUCGUCGGCCUUCACGAGUCCGAUUCCGGCUCCGAUGCUGAGUACAUUGAGUCAGUUUACAUUGUAUGGAAUCCUGAAGGGUAACAAGCCUGAUUUUCAUGUGGCCAUGGCGCCGGAUAAAGCAAAGCCCUUUUACGCUUUCUUGGUUGAGAGUUUUAGAAAAUCAUACAAGCCGGAUGCAAUAAAAGAUGGUGUGUUUGGAGCAAUGAUGAAGGUAUUAGAGGUCAUGGAGAUAGUGCGAAUUUCCUAA